AUGGCGUCCUCUCACCAUACUUUUCAGCCCCCAGACUGCAGUGACUGUCGGUCCCAGACAGUCCACCAUUACCAUAGUUCCUCCUCCGUGGACAACUCUUUUACGCGUCCAUCUCAUGUAUUAUCAUCAUCGACUUUGACCUCGUUUGCUCAAUUCCUCAGGGAAGACGAUGAACGUUUUUAUGAAACGUUUCCCAACGCCAAGGCUGCUAAAGAUGCUGCGCAUGCUGCUCAGCUAGUCCCACUUUCUCCUCAUUAUGACCAGCACUGGUCCUCUCAUCGCUUGGGAGAAGAAUAUGGCGUGUUUCGAGGGGAUUUUGUGUUUUCUUAUCAUGAGGGCGGUCCCACAUCGGCUCGCCCAUCUGAGAGUUGCUAUUUGGAACAGGCGACGUCUCACUCAGAGCCUCAUUCUUACAUCGAUCCAGCACAGUCACCUCGACUUCCUUAUUCACAUUCGUUCCCUCCUCCAGUUUACGCCUCUCCCCCGCCAGACGUUGCCAAUCACCACGCUGCAGAGUCCGUUUAUGCUAUUGGGGAAUCAGUGCCUUAUGCCGACGUAAACCAUGGUCGAGACUAUGCUCCAUUGUCAACAGAUCCUUGCGAUGACAACUCGUCACAGCGCCACAAUGUGGUUUCCUCCCCACUUGAGACCCACCCUUUAAUUCAGUCUCAAGUCCAUGAGCAUCAGGAAAAUCUACCGUACAGAGAGCCGUUGCAACCUGCCGUUCACGCCAUCGAACCUCCACCUCUCGAUUAUCUCCCUACCCCCGAAUCUCCACAUAGUAUCUACUCUCCCGUCGAGACCGUUAUUUCGCAUCAUUUCUUCCCUGCUGAUCCAACAGACGGUAAUGAACCGGUUUCAAUUGUUCAAUCUCAACCAAUCAUGGAUUCAUCGCUCAUUUCUCAACAAACGUUCUUUAAAGCCGAGAUAUCGCACGCCCCAGAAGAUUCGCCUUCGCCUACGACUUCUAAUUCAUUCACCCAAACUCUAGCUCGCCGCAAACGUCGCAGGACUACUUCGGACAGUCAGCAACAACUUCCGGCAGAAGCUGGACGCAGCUACGUAUACAAGAUUCCUCUCCCUAAACCGAACCACAUGCCCGCACCCAAGCUACCAAAGCGGCGUCCCAGCACCCCCCAAAGCAACGAAAAGAAAAAUUUGGCGUUGGCUUGCUUCUUCUGCCGUGGUCGGAAAAUUGCUUGUGGUCCGCACGAUCCGACCAGUCCGGAUCGUACCUGUGGCCAAUGUCAUCGUCGGUCGCUCAAAUGCGAGUAUCCUACGGAGAGCCGGAGGGGUAUGCGAAAGAAAAGAAGUUCUGGAGACCAGCAACCGGACCUCGGUACUCUCGGUUCUGAAUAA